CCAGUACAAAUCCUACACCGUCCUCCGUUUCCUCCCCAAUCAAUAGAAAAAUGGAAGCGACCCUCUUCACUCUCCCGUCCUCCAAGUUUCCGCCACCGUCUUCCACCGCCGUGUCCUUAAAAACCCACUUCCACAACCCCCUCAUCCUCCAUUCCACCACCACUGCCCACCGUAAACCCAACCGACUGUCCCUGACUGUCCGCUCUGCAAUCAGCCGUACAAAGAAAGAAGAAACUAUAGAAACAGUCAAAGAACAGCUCCAAGACUGCCACCUCAUCGCCGGCAUCAAAUACAAAGGCUUCACCGUCCAACAAUUCCAGCAGCUCCGUACAACCCUCCCGGAAACCACGAAACUCAUUGUCGCCAAGAACACGUUGGUUUUAAAAGCGAUUGAGGGCACGCAAUGGGAAGCAUUGAAGCCGUGUAUGAAGGGGAUGAAUGCGUGGAUGUUUGUUCAUAGUGAGGAGAUCCCAGCUGCCAUUAAACCCUACCGGAGUUUCCAGAAAGAGAAGAAGUUGGAGGAAAAUGAUUUUAGUGGUGCGGUUUUUGAAGGGAAGUAUUAUCCGCCGGAGGAGUUUAAGGCGUUGGAGACUAUGCCGUCGAGAGCAGAGGUUUACGCCAAGUUAUUGGGUUCUUUGAAGGGACCUGCGACGUCGGUGGUGGGGACAUUGCAGGCACCGGCGAGAAAUUUAGUCAUGACAUUGAAAGCAUAUGUGAAGAAAUUGGAAGAAGAGAGUGGUGCAGGGCAAUGAAAAUGAGGGCUCUGAUGUUACAAAUCUGUAAGCUUUUUUCCUGCAAAGUUUUUGAAUUUCAAUUGAAUUUCAGUGUUAUUCUGUAGAAUUUUGUAAAAUUUUAAUGCCACAUGAACUGAAUCAAAAUGCUGAGAUUUACAGUUUCAAGAUUUCUUUACUGGUCUUUUCCUAUGAGAAAUUCUUGAUCAUUGAUUUUAGAUGAUCACUUAAUU